AUGCCCCCUCUGGUGACCUCGACCAGCGUUCCCGGCAACCCUCUGGUGCUGUCACCUUUUCCCAUGAUGCCCGUGGUGGCAGGAGCUGCCGGUCCUGGCCCCCACAACCCUGGACCUUGCAAGGUCAUCAUCCAGGUCAGCCCUGAAGCAGGGCUUGUGGAGUCAUCCCAGAACCAGCCUGUCAUCCUGACACAGGCUCCACUCAACUGGGGGGCCGCAGAAGCUCCUACUGCGGUGGCCGGGCAUCCUGCACCACUCUACUUGGUGUCCUCUGGGCCGGAGACAAUUAUGCCCACCCCAGCUACUACUGGCACCCAGGCUGGGACAGAAGACCAUCGUCCACAGGCUCCACUGCCAGUGGCCCAGGUGGCCCCCAUCAUCCUCCCAUCCAGCAGUGGGACACUGACCCAGUGGGUUUGUGGGGACAGUGGUCCGGCGGCCACCCGGAGCCAGUCACCGCCUAAAAGCUCCAGAAACCCCAACAGCGUCUACGAGAACUUCCGGCGCUGGCAGCGCUUCAAGGCCCUGGCCCGGAGGUACCUUCCUCAGACUCCAGACACUGAGGCCCUUUCCUGCUUCUUCAUCCCGGUGCUGCGCACCCUGGCCCGCCUGAAGCCCACCAUGAGCCUGGAGGAAGGCCUGCACCGGGCCCUGCAGGAAUGGCAGGGCAAGAGCAACUAUGACCGCAUGAUCUACUACGAUAUGGCGGCCAAGUUCAUGGAGUUCGAGGCCGAGGAGGAGAUGGAGGUGCAGAAACUGCAGUGGACGAAUGGGGUGCAGGGCCUGCCACUCCCCGCCCCACCCAGGCCUGGGUCUCAGGGGGCUCCAGGCCCACCGCCAGACCAGCAGACAGCCUGUGUCCCCAAGAAGGCCAGACCCCAGGCCCGGGCAGCCCGCCCCAAGACACACAAACCUCAGCAGCCCCCCAAGACCAAGGCCCCCGAGGAGAUCCCUCCUGAGGCCGUGCAGGAGUACAUGGACAUCAUGGACGAGCUGCUAAAGGCCCCCGACUCAGUCUGCAGGGCGCCCCUCGGCCAACGGGCAGUGGACAGGGAGGAGCAGCAGGAGGAGGCUGGGACCUGCCCUGACCCGGGGCUCCUGAGCUAUGUGUACGAGCUGUGCUCCCAGGAGGCCUUUGUCACCAAGGCUGAGGCGAUCCUUCAUCCCAGCUUCCUGGAGUACCUGGUCUCCCCAGAGUCCCAGCUGGAUUUCCCGGCCCUGGCUGAGGAGCUGGAGGAGGAGGAAGGACUCACCCCCGCACAGCUUGUGGAAAAGCGUCUGCAGACCCCGCAGGACAAGGAGGUCAUGAAGGCUCGUCCCCAACACCAGGUGUCCCUAAAGGACUCGAGUCCAGCUGAGAGUGCAGCAGGCUACUGCACCCCAACAUCUACCUGGGGUCACAGGCCAGGGGCCAGCGCUGAAUCUGAGACUGACUCUGGACACGCCUCAUGGCCUGGGCGGGCCGAGGCCACUGGGAUGGCACCUGGAGCCUCUGUCCUCUCUCUGGGGAGCCUGGAGUCUCCACCACUGCAGGCAGGACCGGCCCCCUGUCCCAGCCUCACCGCACCUGCUCUGGACAGCAGGGCUCCCCGCAUGCUGGGAGAGGCCCUUCCUAGCCAGGGGUCGCCUGGGCCAGCAGAGGGCUCUAGUAAGGAGGAAGAGGACCUGACCAGCCUGUCCUUCCUCCUAACCUCUCACUACAGCCUGCUGCCCUGGGGCUUACCCAGGAGCCCUGGCCCUGACACAGGCCCCGACACUGGCCCCCACCUGCCUGGAGGGAUGGUAGAGAUUGAUCAUCAUCUGGGAAGAUAUGCUCACCUUCGACACAGAGGAGAGUCUACCAACGUGGACACAGACAACUCUUUCAGCAGGUGCCCAGUGGCCUCAGUGGCCUGCCCUCCUGCCAGAACUCUUUCCUUGACCAGGGGUUCAGAUGACCAGUCCACAGGAAGGGACAUGCACCAAUUUCAGAGCAAGAAAUGGGACCUCAGGAGGAGCAGACAAGGAAACAGGAAGAGGCACAAGUCUCUGGAUCUGGACGAUCCACUUGAUGAAAUGGGCAACACUGGUGAAGACACCGAGGGAUAUGGGACGCUGGCAGUCCAGGCCCCAACUGGCCAACCCCAGAAGAACCCAACUCUUGGAGAAGUCAAAGACCAGAAGGCCUCCAGAAUCACCCUAAAAAAAGAGAGGGCAAUCAGUGUGGACAAUUGA